AUGCUUCGGAAGUGGAUAAUACUAGGACUUCUUUUUGGGGCGAUCAUUUUCCGCGUUUGGCUGGUGUUUCGUGAAGCAGAAAUUAAGUUCUUUGGACCUUUUAAUACAGCGUCUUACGGUGACUACCGUCUAAAUAUAACGUUUAGCAAAAACAUCGGAAAGGUAGAACGGCGUUUCCAAGCACUUGAGGAAGAAACGAGGGAACUUAAGGCACUUUUGGAGAGCCUAGAUGUAAUAGAGCCGAAAAAUAUUGUCAGUAGUGUUCGAGAAGUUGCGUUCAAUGAUCUUGCAUUUGUGACGGCUGCAACUCGAGAUCAUUUCGAUGAAGCCUACAGAGAUGCUUCGAAUCGUGGUGCAUUAUACUUAAUAACUCUUGAAAAAAAGGAAAUUGACGAGAAAAUUGAUAAAGUUUUACUGGAAGAUAUGAAAAAUAGAACUUAA